UUCAUCCUUCAAUGAAGAGGGAGUGCAUGAACAACAAAAAAUUCCCAGGGCUACAGAAAGCACAUAAAAGAGGGCUGCGGUGUUGAUUCCACCAUUCAGACUAGGAUCAAGAUCAAGCACUGACAUGGCUGCUGAGAGCUCACAAAGAAGAUUCCUCCUGCUGGCUGUCUUUGCACUGAGCAUCUUUGCCAAUCUCUGUGAGGGGCAAGAGUUGCGAUGUCAGUGUAUUCAGACACAUUCUGAUCUUAUUUCUCCGAAAUUCAUUAAACAUGUCCAGUUGAUACCCGAAGGUGUUCACUGCAGCAGGAAAGAAAUCAUAGUCACAUUGGAAGAUGGGAAAUUAAUUUGUUUGGAUCCUAACGCUGAAUGGGUGAUGAUUAUUAUCAAAAAGAUUAUCAACAGUGCCCCUAACUGAUGGUCACACAAGGAACAUCACAUCCUGUGGAUAUCGGAAGCCCUCGGUAUCAUCGUGAGCUUGGACAUCCUCCAGAGGUUUCUUUCAGAGUAGCAUCAAGUUAUGCUAAUUUCUGACUAAAAUGAACUGCCUUCUUUACUUAUUCUGACAACCUAAACAUUAUUUUCAGGCAGGUGGUUGGCUACUUGUGAGGGAAUAAUGGAAGGGAGGGUUAUGAAAUUUCCAUUAUGUUGUAAGAAUACUCUCUAAACUCAUAUAGUAGGUUAGAGGUUUCCUAGUUAGGCUCACUACAUCUUAGUAGAGUCCACCUUUUCCAUGCUGUGCCCUACCAGUUAACUUCCUAAGGCACUCUGGCAUUUGAUCACUGCUUUUCACUUGACCCUAUCCUUUGAUAUUAUUCUCAAUGACAUCAACAUUUUUUUGAUUAACUUAUCAACACUCUGGCCUUUGGAUUGCUUGAACUUUUAAGUUCCAAAGGCUUUAACUUGCUCCCCAUUUUAGUCAUCCACAACCUUGGAUCUCAGUAUAAAUAAGGUUGUUUAUCUACAGCUGUCAAAACUGCAAUGCUCCUUUUACAGGAAUUUUUCAUUCAUUAUAAGAUCUAUGCAUUUAAUAAGAAGAAAAUGGGGUUCAUACAGUUGUAUGAUAGACUGGUCUUAAAUUUUAAGAAUUUACUCUUAAAUAAAGCAAACCUGAUAGAUAACCUCAGCCAAGAGUAGAGGCAACCCACCCUAGGAAACUGUAAAGUCAUCAGGUUGGAAGAGGAAGGGAAGGAAAUUUAAGACCAUUGAGACCCAAGGAAGAUCAUGAGGAUGAUGCCUCGGAAAGAUGAAAUAGGAUAUGCAGAACUAAGGCUGUGUUUUAACCAUUUAACUUCUUUUAGGUAGAAUUUCUGGAUAUGCAACACCAUAUUGAGAGAAUAUAUAUGUAUAUAAUUUUUUUU